UAUAGGAAGGGUAAACUGUAAUAAUAUUACGUAACUUACCACAUAUUAUUUUAUAGCCUGACAUAUGGGCUAAUCUGACGCAUAAACCAAAUGUCACAUGGCAAAACAAUGUGAUAAAAUCGUGAUUAUUAUGAUAACUCAAAAUUUGGAUAUGAUUGGCUAAUUAUUUGAAAAUCAAAAUUACCGUGAUUUGUGAAACAGGUCUAAUUUUUAUUCUUUAGAACAAUGAACGCCAAGAAUAAAAAAAGCUCUUUUAAUAAAACUACGUGUUCUUUAUGUCAAUUUACUGACAAUUCAACCCGUCUCUAUACAAAAACUAAACUUUCUUUACACCAAAAACAACUACAUCCCAAUAAUCACGUAAUUCCACAUAUACAACAACUUUUACUUGAUAGUAUUUCUGAUACUCAAGUUCGAAAACCAUUUAGUGAAGAAUUAUUUGUUAAAAUUUUUUCUAAUGAGGAAAGCUUCACCUAUAUACCUUAUUUAAAAAAAUAUAAAUGCGUAUUUACAGGAGAAGCAGGAUAUAACCGAUUAGGAUACUUAUUUGAUUGUAAAGAUUGGGGAGAAAAAAAUCACGUUAGCGGAACAAAGGCUUAUGUGUUUAUGGAGAAUGAAAAGCGGAAAAAGGAUGUAACUUUUAUUUGGUCUGAUUUUGUAGUAACAAGAAUUCGUGAUGGCAAAAAACCUUUAAUUUUACAUAGUCCAAAAUUGGUGGUUUCUUUUACAAUUUAUGCCGGUUAUUUUGUUAAAAGUCAAGAGGAUGAUACUAAUGCAAACAUUUUUAAGAAAUGCGAAGAAUGUAUUAUGAGUGAUAACUCAAAUAAUGAACCAAAUUUUUAUUUAGAAAUUAACAUUUAA